AUGAGUGAUUAACAAAGCUCUGCAACAAGGGACUCAAUUGAUAUUGAAAGUUAUCAUUUAUAGAAAGGAUAAAAGCUAUUGGAUCAAUCUUAAAAUUUUAAAUCUGAAAAUCAAUCAGAUUCUUAAUUUUAAAAUGGGGCACUUAAAAAUACAGAUAAAAAAGGCUAUAACUCAUUUAGUUAAGGCUAUUCAUGCAUUUGGCGAUUAAUUUGGUUUCACUUUAUAAGCAUGGUUAAAAAAUUAAAAAAUAUAGAAUAACAAGGAAGAAGAAUAGAAGUUGAUGAUCUGCCAGAGCUUGAAGAUCAUGCUAAAGUAGAGUAUACAGCUUACAAGUUGAAAGAAAAAAUAGAAAAAUUAGACCCUGAAAAAGUAACUUCUUUAGGGUUUUUGAAAAUAAUUGGAUUGGCUUUCAAGAAAAGUGUGUUGGCAAUCAUGACAUUUUUAUUUUUAGAGAAUAUAACUAAAUUAAUGGUUCCAUAUUGUAUGCAAAAACUAAUUUAACUUGUAAAAGAAGGUGAUAUUUAGUAAGCAUCAUUAUGGGUAUUUUUACUUGUAUUUUCGAGCUUUUUAGGGAUUACAUUUGGUUAAAAUGGUUGGACAGGCUCUUAAAGAUUAUGCGCUCAACUGAGAUUAGGACUAAUCAAUAUACUGUAUUAAAAAGUUAGUAACUUAUCAGCUUUCUCAGUUAAAAAAGCUAAUGUAGGAAAAAUUAUUAAUAUGAUAUCCUCUGAUUUUAGUAUUUUUGAAGUUAGAGCUGUGAAUAUAUUCACCACAGCUUUAGCUCCAAUAACUUUAUCUAUUUCUUGUGGUAUGCUUUGCUAUAGAAUUGGAUAUAUUGCAAUACCAGCCAUUUUUCUUAUGAUAGGACUUUUUCCACUUUAAAAAAAAAUAGCCUAAGCAGCGUCUGAAUAUACAAAACAGUAGUCAAAGCAUAGUGAUUAAAAGAUAAAGCUUUUUUCUGAAAUGAUGGAUGGUAUAAGAAUCAUAAAAAUGUAUGGUUGGGAAAAAGCUUUUAAUUCAACAAUUAAUAAGUUCAGAAGUUUAGAGGUAAGAAAUACACUAAUAAACCAAAUUAUUAUGUAUAUAGAGCAUGCAUUUAGUUUAAACGGUCCAUUGUUUGUAGCUCUGCUUUGUUUUUUAUUUAUUGACAUGUAUGAAGAUAACUUUCUUGAUACUGCAAUAAUAUUUUCAACCAUUGAACUGAUAAAUUUAAUCUCAAACACUAUUAUGAAGAAUGUAGGUUAUGGAUUAAGUUUUAUAUUUGAGUUUAAAGUUCUUGUCUAAAGAUAUAUGAGUGUUAUAUCUAUUGAAAAUGUAUAGAUGAAAAGCAUUGAUAAUCCUCACAUGAAACCCAACUUAGCAGAUAAUCCACCUUCUCCAGAUACACUUGUGUAUAUGAAAGAUUUUUCAGCAUAUUGGUAGACUGAAGAUUUAGAAAAUCAAACACCUGUUUUGUAGGACAUUAACUUUACAAUCAAAAAAGGAGAAACUGUUUCUAUCAUUGGAUAAAUAGGAAGUGGAAAGACUUCCUUCCUUUUUGCUAUAAUGCAGGAGAUACCUCGCUAUAAAGGUGUUUACUAUUCUGUUUCUCAAAUUUCCUUUGCCGAAUAGGAACCCUUCAUUCUUUAGGGAACUGUUAGAGAUAACAUUUUGUUUGGUAAGUCUUAUGAUGAAAAAUUCUACAAAAAAGUUGUCAAAGCUUGUUGUUUGCUUGAUGAUUACAAAUAGUUUUCAAACGGAGAUCUAACAGUUGUUGGCGAAAGAGGUUCAAAUUUAAGUGGAGGAUAAAAAGCAAGAAUAUGUUUAGCAAGAGCAGUUUACGCAGAUACAGAUUUAUAUCUGUUAGAUGACCCUCUUUCUGCUGUAGACUCUAAAGUUGCUAAAAAAAUAUUCAAAAAUGUUAUAAAUGGAAUGCUCAAAGACAAAGGAGUAAUAUUGGUCACACACUAGCUAAAUUAUGCUCUCAGAUGUUAGAGGAUUGCAGUUUUCGAGAAUGGAAAUAUUAUUUUGUAGGGUAAUCCUAAUGAGAUAAAUUUCUCAUAGACCUCUUUGGCAAAGCAUAUUGAGAAUAUUGAAAAUCAUCACGUAGAAGAUGAAAACUAGUUAGAUAUUUCUAUGGAAUAGCAAAUUCUUUAAGAAAUUUAAAAGGAAGAGGAUGAAUAAGACAAUGAUGAUGAAAAUCAAGACAGUUCUACUAAAUAAAAAGAUAUUCAAACUUUUAAAAAUGACAAAGAGAUAAAUAAUGUUAUUAAACCAAAUGAAGAUAGAAAUUCUACUAUUUUCUCAAGCAGUGGAAAAAAGGAAGACGAAUAUCCAGUUACUAAAGAUACAUACAUAAAUUAUUUCUUAACAAAUCCUUCACCUUGGAUAUUUAUGCUAGUAGUCUUUACAUUUAUUAUUUAGGAAUUCCUAUUUACUAGCUUUUACAAGUCUCUCUCGCUGUAUGAAUACGAAUUUAAUCGAGAAUAAUUCUAUGCUAUUUCUUUUGGAAUCUUGACAGCAUUUUUUGUAUUUAAAUUCGUUUAAUGCUCAUUCAUGUCUUACUUCGUAUUACAGACAAAUUAAAGUCUUACUUAAAAAAUGAUCAGAAGUAUUUCUUAGGCUAGACCUAUUUUAUUUGAUGAGAUUCCUUCAGGACAAAUCAUAAAUAAAUAUUCUACUGAUAUCUCAAUAUUAGAUAAAAAUUUGCCUGAAGCAGCCCAAUAAACAGUUGAAGGUGUAUUGCACUUCAUUAAUCUAAUUGGCUCUGUAAUCUUCAUUAACUAGUAUUUUAUUAUUCCUGGAGUUUUUGAAGUCUUUCUAUUCUAUAAAUGGUUUAGAUAUAUUAAACCAACUCUUAUGCGUGCUAAGUAGCUAGAUCUUGAAAAUAAGACUCCAGUUUUUCAAUUUUUCUAAAGCUCUCUAAAUGGCAUUUUAAUCAUCAACAUAUAUGGGCAAAAGCAACUAUUUUAAUAAAAAAUGGCUGUUCUUAUGAAUAAUAGUAUCAGGACAGCUGAUAUUUUUUGGUUUGUUUCACGUUUGUUCAGUGUUAGCAUGUAGUAUUUUGCUUUAGCUGUUUCAGGUGUUGGAAUUUAUAUCAUUUUAUUCUUAUCAAGCUCUGAUAAUCCCAAAUUUGCAGAAUCUUUAACCUAUUUGCUGUUACUCACUAACUUUUUGCAUAUGACUUUGCGUGCUGUUAUUAAUAUGGACACUUUUAUGACAAGUAGUGAACGUGCAUGUUCUAUAAUAGAUUUACCAAGAGAAAAUAUUGAACUUAGUGAUAUUGACAGUGAUUAAUUAACCCACGAUGAUCACUAACAUCAUUAAACUUCAUAAAAUAGUUAAAGAAAUAGGCAUUAUAACUAAUUAUAAAGUGAAUAAAGUUCGGUAUCAAUUGAAAUAGAAGAUUUUAACUAAGAGCGUUUAAACAAAAACUCAAUAUAAAGUAAUAAAUGGCCAUCAUAGGGCAAUUUAAAAUUUGAUAAUGUGUUUAUGAGAUAUAAAGAAGGAAUGAAUCCAGUACUAAAAGGGGUAAGUUUUGAAGCUAAACCUCUAGAACGCGUAGCUAUUGUUGGGAGAACCGGAGCAGGAAAAUCUUCCAUUAUUUAGGCUUUAUUUAGAAUGAGCGAAAUAGACAUUUCUUCAGAAUAAGGACCUUCUCGCAUAUUUUAUGAUGAUUAAAAUACAAGAGAUGUGGGACUUCAUUUACUAAGAAGAAGCAUUAGCAUUAUCCCAUAAAAUCCUUUUGUUUUUAGUGGAUCUAUCCGCAGAAAUAUUGAUCCGCUUGAUGAAUAUACAGAUCAAUAAAUCUAUCAUGUUUUAAGAGAAACUGGUUUAAAUGAGUUAAUAUCAAAGCUUCCAUAAGGUAUAGAAACUGAUAUGAGUGACUCGGCAUCAGUGUUCUCUAUGGGACAAAGAUAAUUAGUUUGCCUAGCAAGAGUUAUGCUUAGACGCAAUAAGCUGAUGGUUUUAGAUGAAGCAACUGCAAAUGUAGACAUGGAAACUGACCACUUAAUUUAGGAAUUAAUUAAGGAAAAAUUCUAAGAUACAACUAUAAUAACAAUAGCGCAUAGACUAAAUACUAUCGCUGAUUAUGAUAAAAUUAUUGUUUUGGAUGCAGGUAAAGUUGUUGAAAUCGAUACUCCAUUUAAUUUACUUGCUCUACGUGAGGAAGAUUAAACUAUUACUAACACUGAAAGUGUUUUUGCAUAAAUGGUACUAAAUACGGGUGCUAAAAAUGGAGAGCAGAUCUUCUAAAUAUGCAAGAAAUCUUAUCUUGAGAAGAAAAAGAACAUUUGA